AGCAAACGGCUGGUGUUUGUACUAGCCGCCAAUUUUUUACCACCCAUACCCCACGGGGGACUCGAAACAGUCAGUGCUCCACUUCAUCCCUGAUUAAACCCCAAAAAACCACCCCCGGCCCCCCCCCAAAAAAAACACCAGCCUAAACCGAAAGAUCAGCCUAAUCGAUAAACCGCGGGAGAGAGAGAAAAAAAAUUUCUAAAAUGCCAAAUAAAUGGCGGAUCCAUUAACCGCGAGUGCAUCAGCACCUGAAAUCGUCAAUUAAAUUCACCCCCUCAUCCCCUAAAAUGCUGACAGUAAACAAGAGGUGAAGUAAUCCAGUGAUAUCCAGUGGGGAAAAAAUUAAAAAAGAAGAAGAAAAAAGGAAAAUGGACAAAAUGUAAUCGGAUUAUUCAGCGGGAGGUGCGCGUGGGGGUGGGGGACUAACUUCCGAUAAAGUGAUUACAUAAACGUUCAUCUCAUUAACUUCCUCCACUCGUGAAUUGAAGUUAUCAAUAAUUGUGAGCACGUGGGGUGGGUGGGGAGGGAGUGAGUACUCCACCACGUGGAAAUUACCAAGGCCUAUUGAAUAUUUGUGGUAAAUCAAUGAGGAAUGGUAUUUUCAGGUGAUUUAUCUUUCAUAGAUCUACGAUGAUUGAGCAUCAAUUUUUUUAAUUGACGGGUGGGAGGGGGUGUUGGCGGUGUAAUGGCGCUUGUUAUGUUGCCCUGUGACCUGCCGUGGUGGCCAGCUGUUGUUAAACAGCUGGACAGAGCAGCUAUUGCCAGGAAUUCCAAGGAUCUGCUGGACGCUAUGAGAAAAAUUCAUGACAUGUGCAAUAUAAGUUUGGAUCCGGAUGAAGACGAGCAAGACCCCAAUCUUUUUACUGGCCUAUCAAAGUACGUUGAUGAGGAUCUCGGUCCUGGUGAACGUGAGCAGCUAUUUACCAAGACAAUACCGCGUAUUGUGGAAAGAGCAAAGGCACUCAGAAGUACUAAACCUCCCCAGGGGUUGUACUUCAGUCUUCAGCAGCAAGGUGAUAGCGUUGAGUACACGUACGGAUUUACAUCGGCUCUUGUUGCCAAUGCUUUUUUCUCGACUUAUCCCAAACGAACAAUUAAAACACAUCCGACACUUGGGGACUUCAACUUCACGAACUUCUUCAAGCAUUUGCAUCUAAACAGCCAGAAAGCCAAACUGUCGAGCAUUCUCCAGUACUUUGAGUUCCUCGAGAAUGAUUCAGCCCUGGAAGGGCGAAUGGUCGUCUCCAGGCAGGUGAUGACGUCCAAGCAAUGGCUGACGAUCGAAGACUGGCUAGAGAGCAGUGUACCCUUGUGUCCUCUGAGCAUUCGUCACACUGGCCGAAUGGAGAGGAUUGACACUGACACCAAAGUCCUCCACGUUUGCUUCGCAAGCUCAAGAUUCGGUGAUGGAGCACUCGAGGAUGUUAUCAAUCAAGAAAGUGUACAUAUAUCAACGCAUCCGGAAAUUCUCGCUGUGAUACUCUCUGUCGAGGCCUUGGAGGACAACGAAGUGCUCAUCGUAGAAGGCGCCCGACACAUCUCCAGGAUCAAUGAUCCCAAGAACAAGGCCGUCUAUGAGAGCAUACCAAAUCCUAAUCCCAUUACAGUGUGUUGUAUGGACCCUGAGGAUUACUCAAAACUUCCUCUGUCUCAGUUCGAAGAGGACAAUGUCCUUCGAGAAAUGAAUAAAUCCUUGUUGGCUUUUCGUCAGCGGCACACACCUGACAGUCCCACUGACACGAUCAAAUCGGAUUCGGAUGCAGACGGUUGUCCAGCGAGAAGACUAUCUCCAAUCGGUGAAAGCUUCAGCAGUGCAUCACCGGAAGUCGAGACUGAGGAUAAAAAAAUCGCCAGGAUUAACGGGAAAUUAAGUUCCAACGAGACAAACAGUCCCGAUAGAAUCACCGACGAGAGACCUAGGCCUAACGGAAGAUCCACCAGGUCUCAGAGCCCUGGAAAACUUGGAAAAAGUACAAGCAGUGCUAGUAAUAGAAGUAGAUUCAUAGUUUUAGGCUCGAGUGGUGAAGUUUUACCUGUAACGAGACAAUCUCUCGGCCAAAUGUCGGUCUAUGGUAGCUGCAACAGUCAGAGUAGCGAGAGCUUCCACAGCGCUAAGGACACCAUCGACGAAGAUCUGCCAGAUGAGGAUGACCAUCUCUCGUUCAAGUUAUCGAGAAGGUACAGCAAUCAACUGGAUACACCAGAGCGAAGAGGAACAUUUGCUCAACGACUUAAAGAGGCACUAAACAGAGAGAGCACUGCCACUGGUUCCUCUGACAAUUCCUCGGAGGGGAGUUAUGCUGUGGGAAUUAAUAUCACUGGCAGUCACGUUGGGGAUCAGGACAUUAAACUCAGGAGGGGAGGAUCUAGGGGAUUUGUUCUGCGUGAUGAAACAGUCGACGAGGACUUCCUGAAGGAGUCGUUGGAAGCAGAGCAGAAGUGGCUGGGAAGGUUUAAACAGACUCAGCCUCCAGUGCUCCAGAGGAAGGACACGAAUAGCAGCAAAUAUAGUUUCAGUACUGAAUACAGCUCUGAAUUGGAAGAAGUGUACGAGCAACUCUCAAAGUGGCUGGACGAUCCAAUCGCGAGUGACGAGAAUCGAGAGAUGGAUGCGAGAGAUCGAGCAGUGGUGCAGUUUGCUGGAUCACUUCUGAGGAGAGCCCUCAGUGAAUCCUUCGCAGGAGUUCCUGUCCAGGAAGGUGAGCCUCAGCCCCUCCUGGGGCCCAAUGACGUCCACCAGAAGCACAAAUUGGCGUUGGCGGUGAGAUCCCUCAGCCUCGAACUCGCCAGACAGAGGAACAGACGUCAACAAUCGGUCACAAGUGACGACGAAGAUGAGGAGUACUCAGACGCUCUGGAUCACGUGAGAUGGAAAAAAUCACUGUCCGUCACAUUCACCUCGACUGUGCUCCAAACUCUGUUCGAGGAAGAAGCCACGGUUUAUCUUCGAUCGUCAACGUCAGAAGAUGAAGAGCCCCAGGAAGUAAUAGCAAAAUCCAGACAAGAGAAUUCGAUACCAGGGGAUAAUAGCCUCCAGGAGGGUGGUUUGUUGCCUGUGGCAAGUGGUAAUUGGGGUUGUGGGUCGAGAUUAAAGGGUGAUCCACAGUUGAAACUAGUUAUUCAGUGGUUGGCUGCGUCACUUGCUGGGGUACCCAGGCUCAUUUAUUACACUUGUGGACACACUAGUCUUUCCAAGUUGGACACUGUCAGCAGAGUUCUGACGGAUAGAAGAUGGUCGGUAGGUGAUUUGUCAACGGCAAUGCUGAGAUUUGCUGUGCACACACUGGAGGAUAGAGUCAAGGGUAGAAACAGUCUGUUUGAAGAGUUGAUUGGUGUUGACAAGCCAAGCCCUUAGCCAGACGUUAUGCUGUCUGUCAUUGUGGACAUUAUUGCCACAAUGAUGGAAGACAGCCUGACUGUUGACUCAACGACUUCUUCGUCGUCUUAUUUAAGGUAGAGGAUUAGUAAAUAUCCGAACUAUCGAAAUUCAAUUCAUUCGAUUCGAAGACAACACAAACGAUUGAAGAUUAUUAAAAUGUAUAAAUUAAUUUUAAGGCGUUGGGGAUGUUGCGUAUUUUCGAAAGUGCUUCGUAUUUUGACGCUCAAAUUGGAACGUAAAUGGCUUCACGGAGAAAAAGAAUUUCAAUGUCAAUGUUGAUAUAUAUUUUUUAUUAAUUAAUCCUGGAGGAAAUAUCAAUGUCUGAUACUCAAAAUAUAUCGGUAAAACGAAAUUAAAUAGCAGUAUAGUACCAGAGCAUAUCAGUAAACAAAUCUACAUGAAUAUCGAGCGUCGAAGAUAGAGUAAAAUUAACGUUUCAAUUGAAAACUAUUAAAAAACGCAACUAUCCAAGGAAUUGUUUCAAAGUAAAAAAAAUCAACAGGCAAUAAUUAACGCGGAACAAUACUAUUAAUUCUAUUUUUUACAGUUCGUACAAAAAUAGAUGGAAGUGAAUGAAAAUAAUGAUGUCGGGGAGAAAUUUUAAAUCAAUUAAAUGCAAACUUACGUGAGACGGGGUGAUGAAUUUAUAGAUGAUAUUUUAGAAUGUUUGUUGUACCAUAACAUUACGAGACCUUUUCAUCAAUGGGAUUAAUAAUCAUGCUUCGAUGUUUAAUUAAAGUUUUUCAAAAAUCAAAAUUGAAAGAAAAAAAUGGUGAAAAAUGGGGAAUAAUUCGGGAGAGAAGCGAUUCAAAUGGAGAGAAUCCACUCGACAAAGAAGAGGAAUGAUAAAGUUGUGGGAUAUAAUUAUAACCUGUAAAUUGUAUAUAAUAGAGAAUUAAUAAAUUUUUAUCGUAUUUAAA